GUGGUGAUGAACCGGAGAAGCGCGCACGAAGGCCAAAAGAGCAUCGUUCGCGGUGCGGCGACGUUCCCGCCGCAUAGCAGACCCACUAAACUGAAUUGAGCGACUCAGUCUGUAUCAAUGCACGGUCACGGACACAGCGAGGCUGAUAGUUAAUCAGUGAUAGGGAAGUGAGGAGAAAAGUGCGCGAGUGACUUAUUCGUGCAUUUCUAAUGCUGCUUUGAAACGACCGCAAGGCCAGGAAUAUAAUAAAACACGUUACAUCUGCAGCAAUAGUGUGCAUAUCGAAUCUGAAAGUUGUGGAGGAAGAAUACCGAAGACAAGUGUUGUAAUAAUUGAACCAUUCGUUUGUUUAGUGCGGUUUGGCAGUCAAUAUGAGAUCAUUUGGGCUGCUGUUAUGUUUAUGGUUCUUCACCAGUCAAGGCACCUUUUCCUACAUUGUGGAUCCAGGACCUAUUGUUAAAGCGACCAAAGGUGCAUUGUGGCCAAAACCAAAAACCCAAACCGUUAGCCAGCGAUACUCGGUGAUCAAGCGGCCAACGUUCCAUUUCCAGGUUGUCAAUCAAACGUGCGAUAUUCUAACCAAAGCCGUCGAUCGCUACCAGAAUAUUGUGCUAAAUGUCGGCAACGAUUCCCGGCGAUCACUGUUUAGCGCCAGCGGGACGAAUAAAAUUAUCUCCAGACGAUCAUGGCGUUCGGAUAUGAACUUCAACGAUUAUUUAGAAGAAGUGACUCUGAACCUCAAGGCACCAUGCGAAAAACUACCGUACUUAGGAAUGGAUGAAUCUUAUAACAUUGUGAUUAGCGAAACACGGGCCACAAUUGAGUCGUUUUCUGUUUGGGGCAUGCUGAGGGGCUUGGAAUCGUUUUCGCAGUUGGCAGUACUUUCAAACGAUGGAAGUAUGCUCUAUGUCAAUCUGACAAUCAUUACGGACAAUCCCCGAUUUUCCCACCGAGGACUUCUGGUCGAUACUUCACGUCAUUUUAUUUCCGUCUGUACGUUGAUCAAAAUCCUCGAUGGAAUGGCAUACAACAAACUGAAUGUUUUUCAUUGGCACAUUGUCGACGACCAUAGUUUUCCCUACCAGAGCAAGGCGUAUCCCGAGUUGAGCGAGCAAGGUGCCUAUCACCCCUCGAUGAUCUACACACCACAGGACGUACAGAAUAUCAUCGAAGAGGCUCGCAUUAGGGGCAUUCGGGUCGUAUCGGAAUUCGAUACUCCCGGUCAUACCCGAUCUUGGGGUGUUUCCCAUCCAGAACUGCUGACCGCAUGUCAGGCACAGUAUCAGGGCAAACUUGGUCCAAUUGAUCCGACCAAGGAAUCGACGUACACUUUCUUGUUCAAGCUGUUCCAGGAGGUUGUUGAGGUAUUCCCAGACCAGUUCGUUCACCUUGGCGGUGAUGAAGUUGGAUUUGAAUGCUGGGCCAGCAACCCUGACGUGAUGGAGUACAUGAAGCAAAAUAGGCUCUACUCAUUUGAAAUGUUGGAGGAGAAAUUCAUUCAGCGCAUUGUCGAUCAGAUCGAUGUGCUGAACAGGAGUUCCCUUGUCUGGCAAGAAGUCUAUGUCAACGGAGUGCGCUUACCGGAUGGAACUGUCGUACAUGUUUGGACAGGGAACCGUCAGGAUCUUCUAAACAGGAUUACCAGUGAUGGCCUACCCGCACUGCUCUCAUCAUGUUGGUAUUUAGAUCAUUUGAACACUGGAGGAGACUGGCGAAAAUUCUACAAUUGUGACCCACAUGACUUCGUUGGAACCCAGAAACAAAAGGAUCUGGUUUUAGGUGGUGAGGCGUGUAUGUGGGCUGAGGUUGUUGACGAUAACAACAUUCUACAACGGAUCUUCCCGCGAGUUUCUGCCACGGCCGAAAAACUCUGGUCACAAGUAGAUGUUACCAAUAUCGAUGAUGCUGCCCGGCGCUUGGAAGAGCAUACAUGUCGUAUGAAUUUACGCGGCAUACCGGCUCAACCUCCCAAUGGACCUGGGUUGUGCUUGUGAGGUUUCGUGAAAAGGUGAUUUACAAAAAAAAUACACUUCAUGGUGAAUUAUAAAACGUAA